CUUUGGUCCUCGCUGUCUGGCCAUGCUUCCUCCAGGUCCCCGGGGCCAGAGCUGGCCCCUGCCUCGGCUCCUCCUCCCGCUCCUGCUCUUGUCGUCCGAAGCCUCCCUUUCCUCCUCCUCCUCCUCCUCCUCCUCCUCCUCCUCCUCCUCCUCCUCCUCCUCCUCCUCCUCCUCGCACAGCCACAAGCCGUGCACGGUCUGCAAAAACAUCGUGGAUCAGUUCAACAAGGGAUUGGCAAAUACAGAAAAGAAGAAUUUUGGUGGCGGAAAUACAGCUUGGGAAGAGAAGACGCUAUCCAAAUAUGAGUCUAGUGAAAUCCGUCUCCUAGAAAUCGUGGAAAACCUGUGUGAGAGCGAUGCUUUUGAUUGUAACAAUAUGGUGGAAAAUAAUGAAGAACACCUCGAAAAUUGGUGGUUCAAACAGAAAAAGAAACAUCCCGACUUAUUUAGGUGGUUUUGUGUGGAAACUCUGGAAGUGUGCUGUCUUUCUGGAACCUACGGACCAGACUGCCUCGAGUGUCCUGGGGGGUCCAAGCAGCCGUGCAGGGGAAAUGGUUAUUGCAACGGGGACGGGAGUCGUGGGGAUGGCAAGUGCAUGUGUCACCUCGGCUACAUGGGGCCACUCUGCAUGGAUUGCGUCGAGGGCUAUUUCAGCACCUGGAGGAACGACACCCACUCCGUCUGCACAGUGUGUAACCCAGCCUGUAAGACGUGCUCUGGCCCGACCCAUAAAGACUGCAGCGAAUGUGAGGUCGGGUGGGUCCAGGAGGAAGACGCCUGUGUAGAUGUGGAUGAGUGUGCAGCAGAGACCCCUGCUUGUGACGAGGGCUUCUAUUGUCUCAACAACAACGGCUCCUUCUUCUGCAAAGAGUGUGACCCCAGUUGCGCAGGGUGUGUGGGAGAGGGUCCAGGACACUGUACAGGCUGCACGGCUGGUUACGCACAGGAAGAUGGCGCGUGUCGAGAUGUAGAUGAAUGCUCCCUCCCGGAGAAGGCGUGUCCCCAAGAGCACCAGAAAUGCUUCAAUACCCGGGGCAGCUACACCUGUGCCUGUGCCGAAGGCUUCCAGGAGAGAGAUGGCACCUGUGUGCCCACCGAGGACACCCGAGAAGAUGAAGAGGCAAAGGAAACUCUGAAACCUUCGCCACAUGAAGACUUGUGAUCUACCUCCCCAAACUUCCCGCUAUCUGAUCGUUAACUUAAAUUAUUCAGCUGGAAACUCUGCCCUUAGUGGGAGUCCCGUGGAAGUCUUAACAACCAACGGAGUCCAGGCUGCUGAGACACACCGAGCCACCGUGACCACCUGCCUACACGGGGGAGAGAAACUGCUCCUAGCGGAUGGGCCCUUUCCAAAGCUGCAUUCGUCUCUUGUUCAUAAAGAAACUAUAUUGUCAUAUAUUUUGAUACUGUUCUUUGUAAUAAAACUGACUAUGGAGGGAGGAACAGAAUAUUUACUUAUUUACUUAUUAAAAGACCAAACAGCACAAAUACCCACAUUCCAGAUUUUUGAAGGGAAAGGUCUCUGGGGAGUUCGCUGUUGGCCUCUUCCAUGGCAAUGGUGAUUUCUUGGGAAGAUGCUGAGUGCCAUGUUGGGCAAUUUUGUGCCACUCCCCCCCCAUCCCCCAAUAAAUAAAUAAAUCGAUUGGUUCUUGAUGUAAA